AUGCGUCUCAGGUUUCUGUGCAGGAUUUAUGUGCUGUGGGGUUUUGUGGCAGUCACAUCCUCUCUGACCAAGGCUGAGAAGAAAAAGGCGACGGGCAGAAGAUCUCGGCAGGUGGACAAUAGUCCGGAGGGGGUGUGGUCUGCCUGGGAGGAGUGGUCAGGAUGUUCUCAGAGCUGUGGAGUGGGCGUGUCACAGAGAACCAGAAAGUGUGAAGCCCCUCCCCGUCCCCUAACUCCUCCCCUCUCCCACUCUCCUCCAAACUGGGGAGGUUCAUCGUUCCUCCCAGGGAGGGCCGGGGGUCCCAACCAUGGCUCUGUCAUCUCCGCCAUGCGCCCCUUCUACCCCCCUCAUUACUCUAGCAACCAGCCAUCCCAGUACGGGGGAGGAGCUACAGCCAACCAGCACAGGCCGCCCGCCGGCCAGCCAAUCCUGGAACAGGGAGGGCGGGAGGAAGUGGGAGCAGAAGGCUGUAAGCUGUUGGCUCCAGUUGUGGAGAAUCACAGCGAGAGAGAGUCCCCCUAUGGGUUCAACCCUCAGCUCCAAUCCCCUCACCCUGGACCCCCCCAACCCAACAUCUACCCCCUGCAACAUCAGCAGCACCAAUACCCCCUGGCCGAGGGGGAGACAGGGGGACAGAGAUUACCCCCCCAGAACUACAGGUGUUCGGGAGCAGAGCAUGAGUAUCGUCGGUGCUUCUCACAGGUAUGUGUAGGAGGUGCAGACUCCAGAGCAGAGCAGUGUGCUUCCUACAACAACCAGGAGUUUAUGGGCAGACUGUACGACUGGGAACCUUUCACUGAGGGUUCAGUAGGCCAGUCCAAGUGGGCGGAUUACUUCCCAGACUGUGGUGGUAAGGCCCAGUCUCCGGUUGACGUGGCAACGGUUCAGACCCAGUAUGACCCCUGCCUGGGCCCUCUUACCCCCCUCGGUUAUAGCCAGCACGGCAACAAACCCUUCAGCCUCUACAACAACGGACAUACAGUGGUGGUUCCUCUCCCAGGCUGGAUGGGUUUAGCGGGGCUGCCCUGGCAGUUCACGGCCGUCCAGAUGCACCUACACUGGGGCAACGGAGCCCCGGAGGCCGGGGGCAGCGAACACACCAUCAACGGUCAGAGCUCCGCUGCAGAGUUGCAUGUGGUGCACUACAACUCAGAGCUGUACCCUAACAUGUCAGUGGCUAUGACCCAGCAGGAUGGACUGGCAGUCCUGGGAGUCCUCAUAGAGACAGGUGAGGAGGCUAACCAGGCUUUUUGGAACAUUCUCAACUACCUGGGUCGUGUCAGACAUGCAGGUCAGAGUGUGUCCAUCCCAGCCUUUGAUGUCCAGUCCCUCCUGCCCUCUGACCUGGGGCGGUACUACCGAUACAAUGGCUCCCUCACCACUCCUCCCUGCUUCCAGAGUGUCCUCUGGACCCUCUUCACAGAGACCGUCAAAAUCUCACACACACAGCUGAUGAAGCUGGAGACAGUGCUGUAUGCCAGUAAGGAGGACGCUGACCGCGUCGUCAUGCAGGACAACUACCGUACACCUCAACCACUUAACGACCGGACCAUCCUCUCAUCCUUCCCAUUAGAAUCAGUGAAGGUGUACACUGCCGGAGAGAUCACAGCGAUAGUAAUAGGAGCUCUGUGUGGCUGUGUUGGUCUGGCUGUCAUCAUUCGCUUCAUAGUGAAGACUAUACGCUCCACCUCUAGCUGGGACGUCCUGCCCAGCGUCCGGCCCGCCCCCGUGCCCAGGACUAAGGAGCCAGGGAAGGAGCUGAAACAGGACGUGGCCCUCAACACGACCUCUGAACCAGGAAUAAAAGAAGAUCCUGUCCCCUCCUCAGUCUGA